CCCGAGGCCGCGCGGCGUCACAGAGCGCAUGCGUGCCGCGGGGGAUGCCGGGAGCGCGCAGUGGCGGCAGCGGCGGCGACGGCAGUAACAGCGGCGGCUACAGCGGGGACGCGAGUGGGGCUGUGACCGUGUGGGAGGUGGUCUCACUCUUGGGGAAACUGCUGGGCACCGUCGCCGCGCUGAAGGUGGUCUUGUAUUUGCUCCGGGUGUGCUUAGCGAUGGCCUGGAAAUCCGGCGGCGCCAGCCACUCGGAGCUAAUCCACAAUCUCCGCAAAAAUGGAAUCAUCAAGACAGAUAAAGUGUUUGAAGUAAUGCUAGCUACAGAUCGCUCCCACUAUGCAAAAUGUAACCCUUAUAUGGAUUCCCCACAAUCAAUAGGUUUCCAGGCAACAAUCAGCGCUCCCCACAUGCACGCAUAUGCACUAGAACUUCUAUUUGAUCAAUUGCAUGAAGGAGCUAAAGCUCUCGAUGUAGGAUCUGGAAGUGGAAUCCUUACUGCAUGUUUUGCACGUAUGGUUGGAUCUAAUGGAAAAGUGAUAGGAAUUGAUCACAUUAAAGAGCUAGUAGAUGACUCGAUAAAUAAUGUCAGAAAGGACGAUCCAGCACUUCUGUCUUCAGGGAGAGUGCAACUGGUUGUGGGGGAUGGAAGAAUGGGAUAUGCGGAAGAAGCCCCUUACGAUGCUAUUCACGUGGGAGCUGCAGCCCCAGUUGUGCCCCAGGCACUAAUAGACCAGUUAAAGCCUGGUGGAAGAUUGAUAUUGCCAGUUGGUCCUGCAGGUGGAAACCAGAUGUUGGAGCAGUAUGACAAGCUACAAGAUGGCAGUGUCAAAAUGAAGCCUCUGAUGGGGGUGAUAUACGUGCCUUUAACAGAUAAAGAAAAGCAGUGGUCCAGGUGGAAGUGAUUUUAUCUUCUGCUCUUUCUUCUUCCGCACAUGCAAGGGAUGAACUGUAAAAGCAACAUCAGCUUGACCAGUCUAUAAUAUUACAGUGGAUUGCUCAUCUCAGUCCUCAAAGCUUUUUGAAAACCAACACCAUCACAGCUUGUUUGGACUUUGAUACACUAUUAUUUUCAGCAUGAAAAUGUGUGAUUUUGUAGGGUUUCUAAUUCUUCAAGGAGGCACAGAGCCAAAUUGGUAGAGGAAGGAUGCAGAGUAUAAGUUUGUGUUUCAUUACUUUAACAUGCCCACAUUUUACUUUAAAAUAUUAAAAGAAAGGGCUCUGCAAAAUGGAAAACUAAGUUUGCGAAUUGAUUUUGAGGAGUGGUUUUUCUUUUCUUGGACACUUAAUUCUGUUCUGAUAUUAAUUGAUCAGAUUGCUUUUGUGCAUCAGGUAACACCACCAUUCACAUAAGAUUCUUGGUAUUUGAAUGUCUGUUAGAUGCUACUAAGAAAAUAGAGAUGAGCUUUCUUUUUAAAGCUUUUGAUGUGGUGUUAUAGAAUAGCAUGUUGUAGAUACAAUCAGCUGCUUUGUUACCUUAAAACUAAGCAUUUGUAAAUAUUAAAACUUAAGAUGGCAGGGGAUGUCCUAUAAACACUCAGCUGUUCAGAUUGGACAUAACUGACAUAGUUCUUCCUUUUCUCUCUCUCUCUAAAUAUAGGAGACUCGUAGCUCAGUAUUGUUUUUUCUGUUUCUAAUUUGCUGCUGAUAAUGUAUAUGAAUUUAACAUGCUGUGUAAGCUGUGUCCUAGUUACUGAACAGUUUAUGCAGUGCUGCUUUGCCAAAUAAAGUUAAAAGUAAAAGAGUCA